CCCCCUUCCCUCCCUCAUUCCCUCCCCCCUCCGCGGCUGAGGAGGCGCCUGAGCGCGGCGGCAUCCUCCCUUGUCUCAUCGCGGGGAGGAGGAGCCGCCGCCUGCGGAGAAGAUCGGCACGGUAGAUUUUUGGGGGAAAAGCAGCUAGUGAAUAUAAAGUUUUAAUACAUGAGAAGUAUAUGUUGCUUACCUAUUUACUUUCAAAAAGGGACACCAGCACAAAUCCAUAUGGAAGAUGAACCUCCUCCUUCUCAAGGAGUCAGUGUCAAGGUCUUGGAGGCAACAUUAUUAUCAGCCCUGAAGAUGCUGGAUGUUGGGAAAUGGCCGAUUUUUUCCCUUUGUUCACAAGAGGAGCUCAAGUUAAUUCGUCAAGCCUGUGUAUUUGGCAGUGCUGGUAACGAGGUGCUGUAUGUAACUGAAAAUGAUGAGGUUUUUGUGCUUGGCAUGAACUGCAGUGGGUGUUUGGGAACCGGAGAUGUGCAGAGCACAAUUGAGCCAAAGAGAUUAGAUUCUCUGUGUGGCAAAAAGAUUGCCUGUCUGAGUUAUGGAAGUGGUCCUCAUGUUGUUCUUGCUACAGAAGAAGGAGAAGUGUACACAUGGGGUCAUAAUGCUUACAGUCAGUUGGGCAAUGGUACAACCAAUCAUGGUUUGGUUCCCUGUCAAGUCUCUACCAACUUGGUGAACAAGAAAGUCAUUGAAGUUGCUUGUGGCUCUCAUCACUCUAUGGUGUUAACAUCUGAUGGGGAGGUGUACACGUGGGGUUAUAAUAACUCAGGCCAGGUUGGAUCUGGUUCAACUGCUAAUCAGCCAAUUCCUCGAAGAGUUACCAGCUGCCUACAAAAUAAAGUUGUAGUUAACAUAGCCUGUGGUCAGAUGUGCUCUAUGGCUGUGGUGGAAAAUGGAGAGGUCUAUGUCUGGGGUUACAAUGGUAACGGCCAGCUGGGGCUGGGCAGCAGCGGCAAUCAGCCAACGCCGUGCCGAAUAGCAGCCUUGCAAGGCGUUCGUGUGCAGCGGGUUGCCUGUGGCUGUGCACAUACAUUAGUGCUAACAGAUGAAGGUCAGAUUUAUGCCUGGGGAGCCAAUUCAUAUGGCCAGUUAGGUACUGGGAAUAAAAGCAACCAGUCUUACCCUACUACAGUUACUGUGGAUAAGGACAGAGUUAUAGAGAUUGCAGCCUGCCACUCUGCUCACACUUCGGCUGCCAAGACGCAGAGCGGCCAGGUGUACAUGUGGGGCCAGUGCCGCGGCCAGUCUGUGGUCCUUCCCCACCUCACUCACUUUGCCUGCACUGACGAUGUGUUUGCUUGCUUUGCUACCCCUGCUGUUAUGUGGCGUCUUCUCUCAGUAGAGCCUGAUGACCAUCUAACAGUAGCCCAGUCACUGAAGAAGGAAUUUGACAACCCUGAAACUGCAGACCUGAAGUUCCUGGUGGAUGGAAAAUACAUCCAUGUUCAUAAAGUUCUUCUCAAAAUUAGGUGUGAACAUUUUCGUUCCAUACUGAAUAAUGAUGAUGAAAUUAUAGAAAUGAGUGAAUUUUCUUAUCCUGUGUACCGAGCCUUUCUGGAGUACCUGUAUACAGACAGCAUUAGGCUCCCCCCUGAAGAUGCCAUAGGACUGCUAGAUUUGGCAACACUGUAUAGAGAAAACAGAUUGAAAAAGCUUUGCCAGCAAACAAUCAAACAAGGCAUUUGUGAAGAGAACGCGAUCGCUCUUCUUUCUGCUGCUGUCAAAUAUGAAGCUCAGGACUUGGAAGAGUUUUGCUUCAGAUUUUGCAUAAACCACUUAACUGUUGUAACACAAACACAAGGCUUUGCAGAAAUGGACCACGAUCUCCUGAAAAACUUCAUUAGCAAAGCAAGCAGAGUGGGAGCAUUCCGAAAUUGAGAGCUGACUACCACCAAGCUGAAGAGCACAGCCUCGUUCCUCCUGGGAAUGCUUCUUUGGAGAGCUUUGAAGAGAGACUCAGUGUCCGUCAGCUUGGGAAAUGCCUUGAAGUCUGCUGACAUACUGGUCUGAAAAGAUGACUGCAGCAUAGGUGUGUAGGGAGAGCCAGCAUUCAGAAUUUCAGAACAAAACCUAAUGCAGUAACUACUCUUCCCCACUUAAAGUCAAGCAAACUAAGCUGCCAUUCUCAUGGCUAUUUUGAGUAUAUUAUUUUUAUGUAAACAACCUGCAGCUGGAUUUUAUGGAGCAGUGACAUCCUUGCUGCUAAAACCUUCAUAGUACACUUCUGUCACCAAACUAAGCUAAUAUGCCAUGGUUGGCAGCUUUGUGCCACGUCAUCCAGAUUAGAGACAAACUUGGUUUCUGAGUACUUGAUAAAGUACUAUAAAUUCUUUAGGAUGAGAGGCUUUCUGAGCAGUGGGAGGUUUUGUCUCACCGUCCGCUUAUUUGGAGUGUAAAUGCCAAAACUGUGAAGGGCUUCAGCUGGAUAUUAGAAUUUGAAGUUGCUGGCCAAUAUGCCCAUUGUUCUGGACAAUUAACAAACCUCUGUUACACCAGAAAUGCUCCCUGUGUCAGAUGAGAGGAGUUGUGCACUGGCCACGGAGGUGAGUGGGAUGGGUGAGGCAGAGUGGGUACUUAAUUUCUAACUGACUAACAUGAGCUGAGAUAAAAUCCCGCCUUGUGUUACGCGUAGGAAGGGUCGCCCUCUUACAGAAGAUGCUGAGCAGUUCCUUGGAAUUUUUUGUAACAGGCAAUUGUGAAUUAACUCUGAGGAAUGAUCUCACAGAGCAGCAGGGGCAGCUGCAGUGUUUUACAGCUGCAGUAUCUUACAAAACUGGAUGGCCAGGUUCAGUGUGCUGGUCUGUGUCACGCCACCUUCGCUCAGACUCGUGCCCUGCCAGAGUCCUGUGAUGACUUAUCCCAAUCCUCAAAUGCGGUUUCUAAGAACCGAAUUCCUUUAAACGAGCUCAGCCUCAUUUCCUCAUUUCUGAAGUGGGAAUUACUGUCCUUUGUCAUAUCAGAAUUAUUCCUUAAGCGGUCGCAUUCCUUGAAGAGAAGGAAGAGGAGAAAUGAGUUCUCAGAGAAGAGGAGUGAGGAGAUGCUCUCGUCACAUUGGUCUCUGCAGUUGUGAUAGGAUGGGUAAGGUGUGCAGAUGGCAAAACUGACUUAGGCAGAAAGCUGGAAGCAGAUCAUUUUGGGAAAAUGCUGUGCUAAAUAGUGGCUUGCAGUUUGGGCUUCUCCCUCAAACUGUCACCAGGAGUAUAUUGUAUUGUCUACUGCUAACGAGUUUAUUUUGCCAUCCUGUAGUCAUACAGCUUCCUCCAGCAGCACAGACCCAUACUUCAGCUGCUGUGUCAGUGUUUUAUGUUCAAAUAGAACUGGUCAAAACUUUCCAGUACAUAUUGCCAUCUCAUCGAAACCACAACUUCCCCAAGGGGGAAAUGGUGUGUUGUGGUAAUUCUGUGUUGAGAAGGCCUUGCUGCAGGCACACAGAUCAGGCUGUCCUCAGGUGGGGCGCAAGUUCACUGUGCUGUAGCCCAACAUUAAUCGUAUUGAGAGAGCAGAUAAAAGGCAACACUGUGUGAGCCAAGGCUGGGGAAUUCCUGCCCAUUUGGUUGAGCCGUGGUGAAGUCUCAGUCCUGUGCACCCCAGGGCCUGAGAACUGCCAGUGUCACCUGCCAGCGUGGCCUUGGCAGCACAGAGAACCAAGUGACUGUGCUGCAGCCCUGCACUUGGGGAGCAGCUUGCAUGGGCAGAUAGUGAGAGGACAAGGGGAAAACUAAUAGACGUUAGAUGUUAGGAAGUAAUUCUUUACUCACAGGGCAGUGAGGCCGUGGCACAGCUGCCCAGAGAAGCUGUGGAUGCCCCCAUUCCUGAGGCACUCAAGGCUGUGUAGAAUGGGGCCCUGGGCAGCCUGAGCUGCCGGGUGGCACUGCCCAUGGCAGGGGGUUGGGGCUUUAAGAUCCCUUCCAACCCAGGCUGUUGUGUGGUUCUGUGACACUACUGGCUGUAGGCAAGGCUGCAGCUGUGGGUGGGAAGCGUGGCUGCCUGCCACAAGCCUGGACAAACAACAGAGCUCACAUUUGUAGCAGCCGGGGAGAUCGGGGCGAAAGGGCCGCUGGAUGCCAAGGAGAGCCGGAGGCAGCUGGGCAGCACUGCUUUGUGUAGGAAGGGCAAAAGCUCCUCCACCCAGUCAUGGUAUUUAUAGAGCUGGAAUUAAGUUCAAAAAAUGUUCUCCAAAUAUUCCCACCGUCAAAAUGUUAAGAUUCUAACAUUUAAAAAACACUUCUUAUUUUGCUCAACACCUGAUCAAACCUGUCCGCUGCUCUGGGCAGAGCCUGGCUCUCUGGAGAGAAAUCCCUGGGCAGUGCAGCCGUGUUCUACUCUGGCUCACAUCCAUGGGGCAGCUCAACAACCUGAAACCCCCAGAUAGAAACUACUGCAGUCAAUACAGCACGCUUUCUUAGUGAGGCAUUUUUUGGCUUACCGUAACCAACGGUGCCUUUCUAAAAAAAUUAUGUCCUUCCUGUGUAUGAUUUCCCACCUACUGUGCACAGCAAAGCUUGGCUGCAGUUUCACUGUGGCUGACAAAGACGGUCAUCUUGAGAGAAAGCAUCUGUGCACUGAGCGAAGGCAGCUAUGGGUGUAGUAUGGCAGUGUUGGCUGUCCCUCACAUCAUACGUAGCGUCGGUUCGGGAUGGGAUAGCAUUGUAUUCGUGGAGACUUCUAUUUAUUUAUUUGCUAACUUUUGUUUGCAUGCACUUUCCUUGGCACUUAAUGGUCAGUGUUUAAGAAACAUACUGGUGUAAGUGGUUAAACGUGGAUGAGUGUGCAUAGAUGUGAUUGAAACCCUCUAGUGGGGGCAUUUGGGAAGAAAUUCAGGGUGGAUUUUGCCAUUGUACAGCAGUCUGCAAUGAAGUUAAACUGUGGAUCCUGCAGGUUAAAUACUUAAAGAGUUGGUUCUUGUUUUUUAGGACACCUCAGACAAAAAAGGGGUAUUGUUAUGUGAGAAUAUGGUCGAGCACAAUAUGUGUCUGGGGCUCAGAGAGGGAUCUCUGCUUAAGAAAGGGAAACAGAGAGUGGAAUUUGCAAGGAGAAGACACGACAAGAAGCUGAUCACCUCAAGGUGAAGUUGCUGAAGAGUCAGCACUGCAGGGCUGUGGGCAGUCCUGGUACCAGGGAGCUGCUGAGUCACUUCCAUAGGCUUUCCUUGUACAACAAAGUGCUCAGCUGCCCCGCAGAGCCAGGGCUCGCUGGGUACCACGUAACGAUGCAGCAGGGCUACAGCCUGAACAUACAAAUAGGUUCUGAUUUCUUGUUUCUUUAUAAACUUGCCUGGGUUUAACAAACCAUUAAUAAAAACAGCAUCGCAUUUGGUUGGCACUUCUUUGUGUCUUUU